GGUCAUAGGAAUGGUUUUUAUUUUUGACAUUUUUCUUUACAUAUCACCUUUCUAUGUCUAAAAAACAACAUAAAAGUAUUAAUUUAUGUUUGUUUAUCUUUUUAUAAUAUAUUUUAUACCAACAAAAAUAGUGCCUUCCCAAAAAAAUUACAUGGCUUAUUUCCCCUGAAUACUCUCGAAAAGGUGUGCGUUUUAUCUACAUAUUGUAAUUUUCACAAGCGAUUAUCACACGUCCGGAACUUGUAACUUGCAAACUCAAAAAUAAGAAAUACCAAUUAAAUAAUUAUAAUGGAUAUUGAGUUUGAUGAGGAAUUAGACGGCAUUGAGGAGAUUGAUCACACUGAUGUUGAUUCUGUACGGCCAUACAUGUACGAACCGGCGGUACCUGUUACGGCCGAAACUGAUUCAACUGACACUGAAUCAGACAGCGAUGUUGAUCCCCUAGAACGUUCUGGCACAGAUCCUAACGAAUGGUGCACAUGUGGUCUCUGUUCUCGAAUGCCAACAUUCUUGGAAUCGGGAUGCUGUCAGGAGAAUGACAUAGUGAAGUCAAAAAUGGAAGAUCUACACUGUAUUACUGAGCAUGAAGGCUUUAUUGCAAAUUGUCUCAACAUUCAUGUCUUAGAGGCCUCGUAUUACGAGUUUGUGGAGAAUGAGGGUUACCCUUUGGAAGGCCAACUCAUACACGAGACGUACCGCUAUCUGGCCUACAGAAGGUUUGUGAGAUGGAUUUUUCACACACUGCCAAAGAAGAUGCGGAAAGUUCUACCAGCUUGUGUGGUUACCAGCAUAAGGACAAAAUUUCCAUCGGAGACGUACUGUGGUUUCAAAUACCCUACGAUGUAGAACUUUUCAGUGUCAGUUUGUGAUUUACUUUGGAUUUAUUUCAGUUAUUUAUCUAUUAUUGAAUUGUUUUUCAAAGCCAUUACAAAUACAGAUCAG